CAAGCGAAGAAGAACCCAAAACCCUCUUCUUCUUCUUCUUCUUCAUGGAUUCCUCUCAUGGUCCUUCAUCGGAAUCCAUGCCGGAUCAAGCCCUAGACGCUGCCGGAGGAGGCUCAUCCGAUGACCCUGUGCUCCUCCACGGUGACCUUGAGCUUUGGAUCAUCGAAGCCCGUAGUCUCCCCAAUAUGGACGUCUUCUCCGAGCGCUUCCGCCGCUGCUUUGCCCCCUGCCGCUCCCUGCUUUCCACUGCGACUCGUUCCAUCUUCGACCCCCAGAAGCAGCAGCAGCAGCAGCACCAUCACCACAAGAUCAUCACCAGUGACCCCUACGUUAAGGUCUCCAUCGCCGGCGCCACCGUUGCUCGCACUCGCGUCAUCUCCAACGCUCAGGAUCCACGGUGGGACGAGCAUUUCACGAUUCCUCUCGCUCACUUCGCGAGUUUCAUCGAGUUCCAGGCUAAGGACAAUGAUACUUUCGGCGCCCAGGUCAUCGGCGCCGUUCGGGUCGCUGCUGCCCGAGUCGCCUCCGGCGAGGUUAUUGAAGAUUGGUUCUCGGUUAUUGAUUCCACUGGGAAGCCGCCGAAGCCUGACUCUGCUCUUCAUCUCAAGAUGCAGUUUUUCCCUGUUGAAUCGAAUUUAUUGUACUGUAAUGGUGUGGCUGGAGAUCCUGAGAAGAAGGGGAUUAGAGGGACCUAUUUCCCUCUUAGGAAAGGGUGCUCAGUGAAGCUCUAUCAGGAUGCGCAUUUUCAGGAUGGGGAAUUGCCUCCGAUUGAGCUGGAAAAUGGGGCGGUUUAUGAGCAAGGGAAAUGCUGGGAAGAUAUAUGCAAUGCUAUCUUGGAGGCGCAUCACAUGAUUUAUAUUGUGGGUUGGUCGGUGUUUACAGAGGUGAGGCUAGUGAGGGAGCCUCCCCGGGAUCCAUCUUUGCCUGAGAGUUACACACUGGGUGACCUACUGAAGUACAAGUCACAGGAGGGGGUUCGGGUGUGCUUGCUGGUUUGGGAUGAUAAGACUUCCCAUGACAAGCUCUGCUUCAAGACGGCAGGAUUGAUGCAAACUCAUGAUGAGGAAACAAAGAAAUUUUUCAAGCAUUCAUCUGUUAUUUGCGUGUUGUCGCCUCGAUACGGUAGCAGAAAGCUCAGCCUUUUCAAGCAACAGGUUGUGGGGAAUCUCUUUACGCAUCAUCAAAAAUGUGUUUUAGUUGAUACUCAAGCUUCUCGAAAUAAGAGGAAGAUUACUGCUUUCAUUGGAGGUCUUGAUCUUUGUGAUGGUCGCUAUGAUACUCCUCAGCAUAGAAUUUUUUGUGACCUUGACACUGUAUUUGCAAAUGAUUUCCACAACCCCACAUUUGCUUCAGCAACCAAAGGACCAAGACAACCAUGGCAUGAUUUACAUAGCAAAAUUGAAGGGCCUGCUGCAUAUGAUGUCCUUAAAAAUUUUGAACAGCGUUGGCGAAAAGCAACAAAGUGGAAAGAAUUUGGAAAACGCUUUAGAAAAGUAUCUCGUUGGAGUGAUGAUGCACUAAUAAAGCUCGAACGUAUUUCAUGGAUACUCAGUCCGUCACCUACUGUUCCAAAUGAUAGUCAAAGUCUUUGGGUUUCAAAGGAAGAGGAUUCAAGUACCUGGCAUGUGCAGGUACUCCGUUCAAUUGAUUCUGGAUCUGUAACGGGAUUUCCUAAAAAUGUUCAAGAAGCUGAGGAGAAGGACCUGGUUUGUGGAAAGAAUAUUGUAAUUGACAAGAGCAUCCACACAGCAUAUGUAAAGGCUAUAAGAUCUGCACAGAACUUCAUAUACAUUGAAAACCAGUAUUUCCUUGGUUCUUCUUUUGCUUGGCCAUCUUACAAAAAUGCAGGUGCUAGUAAUCUUGUUCCAAUCGAACUGGCCCUUAAGAUUGUGAGCAAAAUUAGAGCUAGAGAGCGAUUUGCUGUGUAUAUUGUCAUACCAAUGUGGCCUGAAGGUGUUCCUACCGAUUCUUCUGUGCAAGAAAUUCUUUUCUGGCAGGGUCAAACAAUGCAGAUGAUGUAUGACAUUGUGGGUCAGGAACUUAAAUCUAUGAAUAUCGAAAAUGCUCACCCUGAAGAUUACCUUAACUUUUACUGCCUUGGCAAUCGAGAAGAAUGUCCCAAGGAUAUCAUGGAACCCACUGAUCAAGCUUCAGAGAAAAGUCCAGUGGCCUUGGCUCAAAAGUUUCGGCGAUUCAUGAUUUAUGUUCAUUCAAAGGGAAUGAUAGUUGAUGACGAGUAUGUGCUGUUGGGGUCUGCUAACAUCAAUCAAAGAUCUCUAGAUGGCUCAAGAGAUACUGAAAUAGCUAUGGGUGCUUAUCAACCCCAUCACACAUUGGCUGAGAAAAAAAGGCAUCCACAUGGUCAGGUAUACGGUUACAGGAUGUCGCUGUGGGCAGAGCAUCUUGCUUCACUAGAUCCUUGUUUCAAGGAACCCAACACUUUGGAUUGUGUUCGACAUGUAAAUAGAAUAGCCGAACAAAACCGUGACAAUUUCGCUGCCGAGGAGUACAAACCAUUGCAAGGUCAUCUUCUCAAAUACCCAAUUAAAAUAAACACCGACGGAAAGAUCGAGUCCGUCUGGGAGACCUUUCCUGACGUCGGUGGUAAAGUUCUAGGUUGCCCUACUUCACUUCCUGAUACAUUGACAAUGUAAUCUAUAUAUCCUCAAUUUAAAUAAUCUCUAAUUGCGGGAAUUCGACAUCAAUAAGCUCUGUGCAAGCCUUGCUGUGUAUUUCUUUAGUGUAUAAUUAAUGUAUGAUUAAUUUCAUUCUGUGUAUCAUAGAUGCUAUCUUCUGUGAUUAAAUCUACCUGCAUUAUUUUAUUAAUCCAUAACCUAAUUUGAUGUCUUUA